UUUUGAAAUGUCGUCGUUGAUGAAACCUAGAAAAAAUAAAUAUGAGAAAAUUAAACAUUUGGGUGAAGGACAGUUUGCAAAUGUGUAUCAGGCUAAGGAUCUUUAUACAGGAAAAAUUGUUGCAAUUAAAAAGAUUAAACUCGGUUCAAGACACGAAGCUCGUGACGGCAUUAAUCGAACUGCAAUCCGUGAGAUUAAGUUGCUGACAGAAUUGUAUCACGACAAUGUAAUAGCUUUGUUGGACGUUAUAGGGCACAGAACGAGUAUUCAACUUGUUUUUGAUUUUAUGGAGACAGAUUUGGAGGAUUUGAAACCAAAUAAUUUAUUAAUGAAUUUAAAUGGAAGAAUAAAAAUUGCUGAUUUUGGAUUGGCACGUUAUUUUGGCUCUCCUACAAGAAUAUAUACACAUCAAGUUGUUACACGAUGGUAUAGAGCUCCAGAACUUCUGUACGGAGCUAGGGCCUAUGGAGUUGGAGUUGAUACUUGGGCAAUGGGUUGUAUAAUUGCAGAAUUACUUUUGAGAGUUCCCAUAUUCCCAGGCGAAUCUGAUCUCGAUCAAUUGGUUAAGAUUUAUAAUGUUCUUGGUAUGCCUACUGAAGAGACUUGGCCUGGACUUACUUCUUUGCCCGAUUAUAUCCAAUUACAAAAUUGUGGUCAAGGCUAUGAACUCAAAAAUGUAUUUCCGGCAGCUAGUGAUGACCUUUUAGAAUUAAUUUUUGGUUGUUUACUUUUUGAUCCAUUAAAGAGAUUAACGGCAACACAAGCACUUCAUUCACAAUAUUUUAAAUCUUUACCCUAUGCUUGUGACGAUUCUGAAUUGCCGAUAGUUAAACAACAACGUAAACGAAAACAACAACAAAUAUCAUUAAAAGAAAAAAUUGCAAAUGGAGAAGAACCUCCAUUUACGCGAAGGAGACUUGAAUUUUAA